CCCCAUUUUUGAAUAGCACAACCCAAUGGACAAACGCGGUGGUGAUGAUAAUAGUGAGUUUUAAUUUCAUUACAGAGACGUGCAACAACAAAAAGCCCGAUGAUGACCAGCGAUUACCAAUUGCAUUGCUGUCUUGCGUAAAUGCAACGGUUGUUGAAUUCACUGCUGUACCACUGUACACUCAGCACUAAUAGUGUCAUUUCAGGUCGGAUGAAAGAGGUUACGAAUAAGAGUGCUUGGAAUUGCCCCUUUUUCUUAGUUCUAUUCACAUCAAAGAAAGCACUACAUUGAGUGUCUCUGAUUCGUGGCCACAGAUAACAUUUCAAAGCAAGAGUAACUGAUUAUUUGUCAAGACCGGGCGAAAAAUUAUAGACCAGUAAAUAAAAAGUUAGCCUGUCUCACCAAAUGACUGUAAAUGAGUCAAAUGAAAGUGAUGACCUACAACUCCGUGUGGAAGAUGAUUCCUCAUCGCCAUCAUUCAUGACCUUCACACCCAAAUUAUCACACUCACUAUCACGUCGUUAUACCCAGAAAAAGCAGCCUGUAAAUGCUACUGAAUUUAUGAACUCAUUCGAUCAACAAAAACUUAACUCAACUCUAUCCAACAAGCAUACGGGUAGAAGCAGUAUCUCGAUCAUGUCUUAUGAGACACUCUCAUCAACUGAGGACGCCGACGACGUUACUGACACAGCUAGAUUGACUUUAAACGCAUCAGCACUAGAUGGGAGAAACAACAAGAAAACGAAGCGCAUCAGUAAGACACAUCGAUAUGAUUCUGAAGAACUAUACAAUGGCUCCUUUAGAUUGUCAGUACAACAGGAACGACCCGUCAGUAGGUUUUACGAACCAGCUUACAUUGAUAUGAAAGCAGAUCAGCGUAAUAAGAAUCUACAAGAGAUCAUAUCGAAGACCACAAAAGAGUAUCUCAAUGCUGCCAUUUCUAUAAUCCAAAAAACGUCUAAAAGAGUCAUUAAUUUGCAUGAUAUUAGUAACCAACAAUGCCAACAAUUGCAUAGUACAGCUAAUGUAGUAAGGCUUCAUGAUAAUAAUCUUAACAAAUCAACGGAAAAGUUAACGUAUCGUGACAGCCGCUCAGCCAAUAAAGAUGUCGCAAUACAACAAACAGUGCCUGUAAGAAAUCUUCCUCGUCUGGAUUCGGCAUUAUGUGUUCCUAGUAUGUCCCAAUCAGCGACUGUGGACAGCAUUGAUAGCGAAACUGAGCUUUAUGGACAUAGUUUGAAAAUAUUCUCGCCUACAAAUACGUUCCGACUUUUUCUUUUUAAUAUUUUACGGUGGAGAUGGCUGGAACCAUUUUUAAUGCUAUUGAUUGUCUUCCACGGAAUUGUGUUGUUGAUCGUUGGAUGGGGAAACAAUCCAUUUCCAGUUCCUCCACAGCAAUGGGUGCCUACAUGGGAUCAAUUAGCGCUCUUGAUCAUAUUUUCUAUCUAUACUGUCAUUAUCAUAGCUCGCAGCAUUGUAUAUGGUUUCAUUAUUAACUCAGCAAAGAAUGGAAAGCGUCCCUUUUUAAGGCACAGUUGGAAUAGAAUAGAUUUUGUAUCAGUAUUAUCGUAUUGGAUUGAUUUCAUCUUACUACUGACGCAUCAAGAAAUGCAAGGAGAAACGCAACGAAUACUUGUGUUCAGGAUGCUUUCAGCGCUUAUACUGUUGCGUUUAUUGAAUCUAACUGAUGGCAAUAAAGUGAUUCUAAAUAGCUUGAAAAAGGCAGCACCUUUAUUAGUCAACGUUCUCUUCUUUGUAUUAUUUUUCUUUGUUGUCUUUGCAAUUGUAGGCAUUCAAUCAUUCAAAGGAUCGUUUAAACGACACUGCGUAUGGCAUGACCCCAACAAUACAACUAACGUACAAGAGGUCCAGCAAUAUUGCGGUGGUUAUAUCAAUGGUUCAGGAGCUGUCGUACCUUACAGGUUGAAAGAUGGUACCGAGGCACUCUGGUCCAAAGGCUUCAUUUGCGAGCAAGGAUUGAUCUGCGAGGAAACAGAUAAUCCUUUUGGAGGGACAAUCAGUUUUGAUAAUAUAUUUUCAUCUAUGCUAAUUGUUAUGAUCAUCACGGGCGUGCAAUCAUGGACGGAUCGUAUGUAUGAUAUGAUGGAUGCUGAGUAUUUUGUAGCUUGCCUCUAUUUUGUUGUAAUCGUUAUUGUCAUGAAUUUUUGGUUGGUCAACUUAUUCAUUGCAGUUAUUACUGAGAUGUUUGCCAAAGUAAGAGAGGACUCGCAGCAUUCUGCCUUCACAAAUUCCAAAGCCAAACCUGUAUUAGCAGACUCUACUGAUGGAGGAUGGGCUUUUUCGGAAGAAGACGACGGCCUUACGGAACAGAUUACUCGGAAUUCCCUUUUCAAUAGAUUUGUAAAGUUUACAUAUCCUUUUUGGAUCUUUCUAGUGCUUGUUGAUUUGGUUUGUAUGGCAGCUAAGAAUAACAACAUGUCAAGAGAUACGAUAGCUAUGUUGGACGAGGCUGAGAUUGCAUUUACAAUCGCUUUCCUUAUUGAAAUCCUACUUCGUCUGAUGUGUAACAGACAGGACCUAAAAGGGUUUUUCCGUGAUACGUUAAAUUUGACUGACUUUUGUAUUGCCAUUAUUACCUGCAUCAUUCAAAUACCACCAGUUUCAGCACGCCAAAAUGUUUACGUAUGGCUUACAGGCUUUCAAGUGCUUCGCAGUUAUCGAUUGGUUGUCGCAAUUCCUAGAUUACGAAAGCUCAUGUCCCGUGUGUUAGGAAGUCUUCAUGGGUUGAUCAAUUUAUCGUUUUUCAUUGUACUCGCGACUCUAUUAUGUGCCAUAAUUGCUUUUCAGCUUUUUGAAGGUGUCAUUAACGAAUUAGGCGAGGAGAUGAGAUUUUUCUCAGUAUAUAACUCAUUCACAGCCUUAUAUCAACUUUUUUCUGGAGAAGAUUGGACAACCAUACUAUACAACGUGAUGGAUGCCGGUUCCGAAAAUCAUAAUAGUACUAUAUAUGCAUUGUUCUUGGUGUUUUGGUUUGCGUUCUCCAAUUUUGUUUUGGUUAAUUUGUUCAUUGCUGUACUUAUGGAAAACUUUGAGAUUGCCGAAGAAGAUAAGCAGAAGCGACAAAUCUUCAAUUUUAUGCAAAAAACUGAAAAUGAGUUGGACAAAGAUGUAGUUAUUAGCCGGUGGAACAUAUAUCGAUAUUUCAAGCCAAAAGCAAAAGGUUUGAGUGUUAAGGAUAUGCCGAGUAGUUUAACUAUAUCUACUCAGAAGAGUAUCGUAAGGGAGUUUAUGAUGGUAAAGACAGAUAACAGUUUGAACAGAGCACCGAGCAUACAUAGAGACGGCUCAAACCGUGACGAAGACCACCGUCCAAUGAACUUAUUUGAUAGAGCUAAAAACUUUUUGAAUCAAAUUCUCAGUACUUCGAAGGACGCAGCCGAACAACAACGACAACAAAAGCUCCGACCUAGCUUGAGAGAAUCCCUUCCUAACAAACAGAACACAGAGACAACUACUUAUGACAUAGAAGAAAGACGUGCAUUAAGACGAGACUUUAUUAAUUCACAUCCUACAUAUGAUCGAUCUUUAUAUGUGUUCUCCAAUAGCAAUCGAUUUCGCAGAUGGUGUCAGUUAAUCGUUCAGCCAAGCCGUGGUGAACGUAUUUUCGGCACACCACCUUUGAAAUGGGUUAAUAUCAUAUUCUCAGCCGUUAUCACUAGCUGUGUUUUAGUGAAUGUUAUCCUCACAAUAUACAACUCACCUGUAUAUCAGUUCGAGCAUAGAGACAAUCCUUCAGCAUUGUUACCAUUCAAAUAUUGUGAUUGGGCCUUUACCAUUAUAUUCUCAAUAGAAUUCGUUAUCAAAAUUGUUGCUGAUGGUUUCGGAUGGACACCUAAUGCCUAUUUACUGAAUGGAUGGAACUUGUUGGAUUUAUUUGUGUUGAUCACUCUUUAUAUGUCUAAUUUCGGUACAUUUGCUGCGUCUACUGGUUUGGAGAGAGGAUUUCGGGCAUUCAAAGCAUUAAGAGCCUUACGUCUUAUCAAUUUGUUGAAGCCUGCUAAAGAAGCCUUCACUGCCAUUCUUGUUACUGGUCUUUCUCAAAUUCUGGAUGCGGCAGUCUUAGGUUUGUGCCUUAUUGUUCCUUUUGCUCUUUACGGAAAAAAUGUGUUUAUGGGCUUAUUCUACUUUUGUAAUGACGGAGACAACGGCAAAACUGGCUGUAUCUUUGAAGCACUCAGUGGAACUCAAGAACCAAUGCCAGAAGACACUAGUGUUUAUAUGCCUCGUAUAUGGGAUAAUCCUUAUGUAUACAGCUUUGACUCAUUUUGGAAAUCAUUGUUAAUUCUCUUUGAAAUUUGCAGUGGUGAAGGUUGGAUUGACGUGUUAACUACAAGCAUGGGUAUUACUGGUAAAGAUGAAGCUCCACAACAAGAUGCAAGCCAACUAUGGGGUAUUUUUUUUAUGGUCUACAAUCUUGCAGGCUCUGUAUUUGUUAUUUCCUUAUUUUUGGGUGUUGUUAUUGAAAACUUCACGAAAAGAAACGGCACAGCGUACAUGACAACGGAUCAAAGGCGGUGGCUAGACCUUAAAAAGCUGUUGAACCAAAUUCGACCUGCCAAACGACCUAAAAUCGUUCCUCAAAACAAACUUCGCAAACUAUGUUAUAAUUUGACAGUUGAGAAAAGAGGCAGAUUUUACAAGUUUAUGACGGUCAUUAUAUCCUUGAAUAUUCUUUUUCUCUGCACGGAUACUGCUCGUGACAGUGAUAAUGAUGGUAUAAACAGUGGAGCAUCAGGUUGGAUCUAUGUAUACUUGGCCUUUAUCUUUAUCUAUUGGAUAGAAAUCUUAAUCAAGUUGUUGGGAUUAGGCUGGCACUCGUUUCGACAGAACCUUUGGAAUCUUUUUGAUUUGGGAAUAGUGAUCGGUAGUUUUAUUACAGCUAUCAUUACUUUGGGCAAUUCUACAUUGCAGGUCAACGUAGAGUCGCAGAAGUUAUUUAUGACAGCUUUCUGCUUCAAACUUGUGCAAAGAAGUGAUAGCUUGAAUCAGCUUUUCACCACAAUGGCAGCUUCAUCUUACCAGAUCUUCAACGUUUUCGCGGUUUGGUUUGUCGUUUUGACGACUUAUGCAAUCAUGUUUAUGCAAAUAUUCGGUCUUACCAAGUAUGGGCCCAGUUCGACGACUGAGCACAUGAACUUCCGAACAUAUUCAAACACAAUGAUUUCCUUAAUUCGAUAUUCAACCGGUGAAGGCUGGAAUUCGAUUAUGCAUGAUUUUACAGUGGAAUACCCCAACUGUGUGGUGGCUGACAAUUACCUAGAUUCUGAUUGUGGGUCUCUACGAUGGUCCUAUUUUUUAUUCUUGACUUUCAACAUUAUUUCAAUGUAUAUCUUCAUCGCUAUAUUCGUUGCUGUUGUUACGGACAACUUUUCCUACGUCUACCAAAUCAAAGCAAACUUUUCACUGGUGAACCGCGAUGAGAUUAGAAAAUAUCCUUUUUCCUCCACAAUAUUAUCCUUCAACUUUCAAUCAAAAAUGACGUGGGCAUCGAUAGAUACUGAUAGAACCGGUUACAUCAAACCAAAUCAGUAUAUGUCUUUUUGGCGGAAACUUGAUGGUAUAUUUAAAUGCAGGAUUUUUGAGCCUGAGUAUUCCUACAAAGCACUCGUUAAAGGAUGCCGUCAGAACAGUGACGGUCCUUAUCUGCUAAAUGACCCUUAUGAACACAACCUCGAUUUAGCAGCGCUGAACGAAAAAUUGAAACUACUGGAUAAGCGUGACCUACAUUCACGUAGGCAAGAUCUGGAGAAGUUAUACUGGGAAACUGCUUUGAUCGAAUCCACUACAAAAGGCGUCACAUUCAAUCAAAUGCUUCUAAUGCUUGCGCAAAGAAAGCUCAUUAUUCCGGAAAAAGCUCUACUAUUGGAGGAACUAUUAGAAAAUCAAAGAAAGGAAGAGGCAAUAAAUACACUUAUUUCUAUUGACCGUGUCCGUGGUUUAAUAGAAACAAUUGCUUUACGUAAGAAAUUCUUGAAGCAUCUAGAAAGCAAAAGGCAUAAAAAAGCAUCAGUGCCAAUAAUUCGGGUGGAUAAAGACUUGGCUAGUGAUUCUCUCAUAGCACCUCCCUUGAGCCCGUUUGAAUUAGUGAGUAGCCCUGAUGACGACGCGUUUUCAUCAAACAUUGGAUCUUGCAGAAGUUCCCUUAAUCCCUUUUCUGAUAAUUAUCAUUUAUCAAGUGAUGAUGAUGGAUUAAGCAGUGCCACAAAUAGAUUGAUAGGCGAUGAGCAGAGAGACAGGCAGGAAGGUAUUGAGAACAUGGUCAGUGAAAGCCUCACAGAUGCUGCUUCUGUCUCGCAUAGUUUAUGGCAAGAAAUGCUUCAAAAUGAAAGCAAAUAAGCUUCGCAAUUGUUUUCAGAAAUAAAAUUUUACUUCACUUAUGCCUGU